UGCGCCUCAACUCGAGUUUUGGAAAAUUCAGGCUAACCCGGGAGCACUUGAGUACACUCGAGUUGGCUUGACUGGAAACCGUGGUCUCAUCUCCAUAUUGGUUGACUACAUAGGAACUUCAGACUGGACAGGAUUUGGGGAGUUUAAUUGCAGAAAAAGCAAACAAACCAAACCUAAAAAAAAACCCCAAAAUAUUCUAGUUCUAGAACAGUCAUGGCUGAUCUGGAACCCUGCACUGUGGGAGUACAGCUUCAAGCAACUCACGACUGCCACAAGACUUUCUACUGCCGCCAGACGGGCUGCAAAGCUCUGCGUGAGAUGUCACCCAGCAACGCAUUGCUGCUGCAGCUCAGGACCGGCAUUAUGAGCCUCACAGAGAGCGACAGUGUGUGUUUUCACCACGAGAAGGUCUAUGUGGAUCGCUAUGAGGACCUGCAGAAGGCCUGCUGCGAUCCCUUCAAUACUCACAAGAAAGCAAUAAAGAAAGGGCUGAAGCCUCUCGAUGUGGAUGAAGCCACGUUUCUGAGCGAGAAGUUUGCAAGGCACUUAGUGCCGGGCUGGAAACUGUGUUUCAGGUGUUCACAGCUGCUGACUGGCUACUGCAACCUUGACCCUGAUGCAGGACAGAGAAAGACACGCAAUAGUGAAGGACGGACCGCUAAGGCCUUGAAGUCACUUCAGUUUGCCAACCCAGGGCGCCAGACUGAGUUUGCUGCGGAGCCCGGUCGAAGAGAUAAGAGAAGACUGCAGCCCAACAAAACAGCAACCAACGCAGACAGGCAAACAAUUGCAAAGAGUAAAGUGUACGACAGCGCAGGCCUGCUGAUUUCAAGUGGCUUGGAUUUGUGUGAUUGUCUGGAUGAAGACUGCCUGGGCUGCUUCUACCCCUGCCCCGAAUGUGGGUCCCGUAAGUGUGGCGUCGAGUGCCGCUGCGAUCGUAAGUGGCUGUACGAACAAGUGGAAAUCGAAGGCGGGGAGAUUAUCCGAAAUAAGCAUGUGGGCUAGGUCUCAGGAGAUGGUUGUGCUGUACUGCACUGUGGAUCCUCCUAUGGUGGACUUGUGUUUCGAUUUUUAUUGUAAUGUUCUUCUCAGUGUUAGUUUAUUUUGAAAGAAACAAAAAUACAUAAAUGCUGUCUUUUUCUUU